CACAAUUAUUACAGAAGGAGUUGUGAACACGAAAAGUGUAAAGCUAUAAAAUUUCAGAGUUAUUUUUACAACUUCUCAACAAAAUUUAUCAAUCGAAAUAAAUUAUUUAGUGAGUACGUCGUAGUGUUGAAGUGAAGAUGGAAGCAGCGCCAACCGCUGAGUUAGUUUAUCAGGGUAUAUGUACCCUUUUUCACAAUAGUAAUCCUAAAGAAAAGGAAAAGGCCAACAAAUGGCUAGAGGAUUUUCAGAAGUCGAUAUAUUCAUGGACAAUUGCGGACGAGCUGUUGCAACAGAAACGCGAUUUGCAUUCGUGUUAUUUUGCAGCACAGACGAUGCGUAACAAAAUUCAAAAUUCGUUCAAUGAACUCCCACCUUCAUCACAUGAAUCCCUGCGCGAUUCAUUAAUUGUACACAUCGGACAAAUAACAAACGAUACCGAUGCAGUAAUUGUAACACAGCUUAGUCUCGCGGUUGCUGACUUGGCACUGUUAAUGGCAGCUUGGAAGCAGCCAAUUAUCGAUUUACUAGAAUUAUUAUCGCCACAAGCACAAUCUGUCUGGCCACUACUGGAGAUACUAACACUAUUACCAGAAGAGAUAGAUUCGCGGUAUUUGCGUUUGGGCUCGAAUCGACGAGAGGAGAUUCAUAAACAAUUAGAUGCUGCUGCGCCCAAAGUACUCGAAUUUCUGUGUAUUUGUUUACAACGCAGUGAUGGACAUCAGGAACGGCUUUUAAAUUGUACCCUACGCUGUUUCAGCGCUUGGGUUGCCGUGCAAGCAAUACCCAUGCAUCAUUUCACAGAGAAUCCAGUGGGACAAAAAGUUUUCCAGCUUUUAAGUAGUGCAGAAACUUCAAGAAAAUUACAUGAUACAUGUACAGAAUGUUUGUGCGCUCUACUUAGCUGCCUUGAAGCUAGUACCAGUCGUUAUAAGCUGGAUCCGACAAUUGAAGCACAAAUUUUUAAUGCAGUUUGUUCCUUAGAAACGGCAUAUCAUAUUAGUGUGGCACAUGAAGAUAUCGAUAAGACAAUGAAUUAUUGUCGCAUAUUUACAGUUUUAUGUGAGGCUUUCUUUUACGAAAUGCUUUCCAACGAAGAAGUGCCACAUUAUUCAAUUAAAGGACUGGAUUUGGUGCUGAUGUGUGUUGGCCAUUUUGAUUAUGAGGUAGCAGAAAUUACAUUCAAUUUAUGGUAUCGCCUAAGUGAGGAUCUCUUUCAACGCUAUAAUGAUAAGUUAACAUCACAUUUUAAGCCACAUAUUGAACGGCUAUUGGGUGCGCUUUACCGCCACGCACAAAUGGACGCUGAUCACGAUGGAUUGAUUGAUGAACACGAUAGUUUUAAUGAUUUCCGACGCAAAGUGUCUGAUUUAAUCAAAGAUGUCGCUUUUAUUGUCGGUUCGGGUGCGUGCUUUAAACAAAUGUUCCUUAUAUUACAAGCGCCGAAUACAACGUGGGAGUCGACCGAAUCCGCCUUGUUUAUUAUGCAAAAUGUUGCCAAAAACAUUAUACCUGAUGAGAACGAAGUUAUACCCAAAGUUGUAGAGGCCAUACUAAAUUUGCCCGAUAAUACGCACAUUGCGGUACGUUACACAUCAAUCAUGUUGCUGGGCGAACUCUGUGAUUGGAUCGAAAAUCACGCGGAGUCGCUGCAAGCCGUACUCAACUUUCUACUCUAUUCACUGCAACAGAAGAAUGGCUUAGCCGCAGCCGCAGCGAUAGCGCUCACAUCCAUCUGUGCCGCCUGCCGACAAAAAAUGGUGUGCCACAUAAGCGGUCUUGUCGAGAUUGCACGUAGCCUUGAUAGCUUUGAAAUCAAUAAUGAUUUAGCGAUUGGGCUCUUAAAAGGCAUUUCGUUAAUACUUUCACGGCUGCAUCACACACAACUGGAGACAUCGAUGCGUGAAAUUAUUUCCUUUCAAUUGCAACCAUUAGCACUAAUGGUGGAGAACACAACUGCCACAUUGGGAAGCGUACAGAAGGGCGAACGCACCGAUCCCGCCUAUUGGAUUGAUCGCGCUUGUGCCGUUAUACGUCACACGAAUCCGGACAUUGCCGACGGUGAGCUGCAUCCCACCGUGCAGAUACUAACCGAUGCCUGGCCAUUGUUGUCACAAGUUAUGGUUAAAUAUCAAACCGAUGUACGCAUUAUGGAGCGUACAUGCCGACUCAUACGCUACGGUGUGCGUAUGGUACGCAAACAGGCUUCGGUUUUGGUUGAGCCAUUGGUCAAGCAAAUGAUUUGUAUAUAUGCGCUGCAUCAUCACAGUUGUUUCUUGUAUCUCGGCUCGGUGCUAGUCGAUGAAUUCGCCAAAGCCGGUGAAUGUAUACCAGGUCUCUUAGAAAUGCUGAAAGCUUUCAUUGAACCCACCUUUAGUAUGUUGCGUGUGGAGAAUGGUCUCAAAAACAACCCAGAUACUGUGGAUGACUUCUUUCGCCUGUGUUCGCGCUUUAUCGAAUGCUGCCCAGUACCGUUUCUGCAGAGCACACUCGUCACACCGAUUUUCCAGUGCGCUCUGCUCGCCUGCACGCUCGAUCAUCGGGAGGCCAAUUCAUCGGUGAUGAAAUUCUUUUGCAAUCUCUUGAAAUGGGGACGCAGUUCAAAUCAACGCCAUCCCGAAUGUCGUCCCUUGGUAAAAGAUAUAGCCGAGCAAAAUGGCGCAGCAUUAAUACUAAAUCUAAUACAUGCAUCCGUAUAUUGUCUGCACUCGUAUAUGUUGUCCGAUGUCGCCGAUGUGAUAUAUGAGCUGAAAUCGGUGGAAACAAACGAACAUAUGCACACAUACAUCAGCACGGCACUCGAUGCUUUGCCCAAGCGCAAUAGUGGUGGCUAUGUGACGGCAACGCAACAGCAAUUGGACGAUUUCACUGCCGCAGUGUUAAGCAGUGCCAGCACGCCGAAGACAAUAAGCGUAGCGCUGAAAAAUUUCACACGCUUGUACCGCUAAUUAUAGCUUAAAUUAAAUGCAGAUAUACUAAUAUACUCGUAACUACGUAUAACAGCAGAUAUUAUGUAUUUAUAUAUAUGUAUGUAUAUUUUUUGCAUACUUAAAUGUAUUUAACGAAAUUUUAGAAUUUGUUAAACUCCAACAUAUGUAAAUGUUGAAAUUCCACUGCGGAAUUUUUUUUUUUAUAAAGUCAAUUUAAGACGACUGACCAUACAACAGAGAUGUGUGUAUGUAAUAUCUUAUAUUUAAUUAGUUCAUUUAACUAACCAUGGAUUUUAUUUUAUAAAAUCACCCAAUUUAUAUGUACAAAGCAAUUUCAAUGUAACAAGUUGAAUUAUACAUAAAACAAAACAAAAACAAAAAAAUUAAUAUAUACAUACAUAUAGUAUAUAUAUGUACAUAUAUAUGUAUGCUUUUUGCCCAGCAAACCCAAACCGCCUAAACAUGGCGGUUUAUAAUUAAAUUUGAGUAAAAAAAAUGUUAGCGUGUGUUAAUAGUGAACAGGUUUAGCUAGUAGUGGCGUAGUUUAUAUUUUAGCAGAAUGCAAAUCAAAAAACCUAUAUUACAAUGGUUGAACGAAGUAAUGUAAUCAUUAAAAUUAAUGCAUUGAAAUUUUGUGUUAAAUAAAAUUAUGACGGAACAGGACCAAA